AUGUAUGGCAUUCUCGUUGGCUGUGACACCCGAAGCCAACCGCACCGCAAAGCAGACGACCAAGAGAUCGUUAAGCCUGCUCCACCCAUAUUGACAACAAACGAUGAUUAUGUGAUCAACCCAGCGGUCUACUCCGAAGACGGCAUAGGCCGGCCUGCUCAUCCGCUCAUCACAUCCUCCCAGAAGCCCAACAUGUCGCAGACGGCCACCAUCUCGCUCGAAACGCUCACCAGGGAGACGCAGCAGCCCACCGGAGACACGACCCCACGGGACGAACCCGGUGAUGCCUUCGAAUCCGGCCCGGGCUCUCACCAGGAGUUCUCUCUGCCUCCAGUCGACAUCGGGAAGGAUGCGUGGCUCUUCUUGGCCGCCUGUUUCGUCAUCGAGGCGCUGGUCUGGGGCUUCCCAUUCUCCUUCGGUAUCUUCCAGAAAUACUACAGCAGCCAUGAGCCCUUUAUGGGGUCACACAAUAUCGCCAUCAUCGGCACCUGCACCUCAGGUAUCAUGUACUUGUCUGGCCUGCCCGCUCUCGUCCUGAACCGCAUGUACCCCCGGCUGGGCCGCUGGUUGCCCAUCGUGGGGCUGCUGAUCAUGUGCCUGUCGCUGGCGUUGAGCUCCUUCGCCACGACGGUGACACAGCUCAUCGCGACCCAGGGCGUCCUGUACGCCGUCGGCGGGUCCAUCGGCUACCUGCCCUGCAUCUUGUACAUGGACGAGUGGUUCGUACGGCGCAAGGGCCUCGCAUACGGCAUUAUGUGGUCCGGCACUGGCCUGGCUGGCGUCGUCCUCCCGCUGCUGCUCGAGUACCUGCUCAACGCCUACGGCUACCAGACCACCCUGCGCGUGUGGGCCUGCGCCCUCUUUGUCCUGACCGCGCCCUUGGCCUACUUCAUCAAGCCGCGCCUGCCGCCCUCCCCCGUCACUCAUCUCCGCGCGUUCAACCUCCGCUUCGCACUCUCGGGGCCCUUCAUGUUUUAUCAGCUCGCCAAUGUCGUCGAAGCCGUCGGCUUCUUCCUCCCGGGCAUCUACCUCCCUUCCUACGCGGCCGACACCCUCAAGGCCGGGCCCUUUCCCUCGGCCCUGACUGCCCUGCUCGUCAACGUGUCGUCUGUGGCAGGUUGCGUGGGCUUGGGCUUCCUCAUCGACCGCCUGCAUGUCACGACGUGCAUACUCGCCUGUACCGUGGGCGCAACAGUGGGCACGUUUCUCCUGUGGGGGUUUGCUGUCAACCUCCCCGUGCUGUACAUCUUCUGCAUCAUGUACGGCCUCUUUGCCGGCUCCUUCACGACGACGUGGACCGGAAUCAUGCGGGAGGUGUCGAUGAGGUACAAUGCCAGCGCCGGCCACAGUCGAAGUAUCGAUCCAAGCAUGGUCUUUGUCUUGUUGGCGGCCGGCCGCGGGAUCGGCAAUGUUGUCUCGGGCCCGCUGAGCGAGGUGCUUGUCAAAGGGCGGCCCUGGCAGGGAGAGGCUGGCGCGGGAUACGGAAGUGGUUACGGGGCACUCAUUGUCUUUACUGGCGUCUCGGCUCUUCUUGGGGGCGGGUCGUUCUUGGGCAGGGUUGCGGGUCAGCUAUGA